CUUCAUUUUGACAUCGCAUUUUCAGUUUCUCCACUUCUCCUUCCUAAUCCUUGCCACCGCCGCCAACAGCCUGCGCCGGACGGAUCUGCCGCCCCCGCGCCUCCCCUCUCAGCUGCCACACGCUCGCCGGGGCGGCGGAUCUCCGACGCGUCUCUCCCUCCCGCAGGCAGCAACCGGAAUCCAGGCAGAACCGCCCACCAUCCCACCGGAAUCGGAAAACCUAGCCGCGGCGCCUCAACCUCGCCCGAACCCACCGUCGAUGGCGGCUGCCACGGGGACGUACGACAAGCUGGACAAGUCAUUCAAGAUUGCCGCCCGCUUCAUACUCACCGCCGUCUCCCGCAAGGAUGUUAACGAUGCUUUCCCAUCGUUCACGGACGCACAAAGGGAGCUCCUGCACCGGUUGUUCAUCUAUGUGCUCAAGUCUUUGCAUCGCAAUAUAGUGGAGGAGUUCCGAAAUUUCUGUGACGAAAUAAAAAUUGCUACUGCCCUUGACAAGAUAGAUCAGUUUGUCGAAGAACAAACUCUGGACGUAUUAUCUUCAGACAAGACUAGCAUUGAAGACAUCAAAGAAAGUACAUCAAAAAAGAAGAAGGAUGAAAUUGAACUUUUAAAAGGUUUACUAGAGAAGACUCAAGAAAGUAACAAUGCCAUGAAGGCCCGAAUUGAACACAUGAAGCAAGAGGAGGAUCUCAAUGACACAAGAAAAUCAAGCAAGAGGAGGAUCUCAAUGAUACAAGAGAUUUUCUCACGAAGCUGAAGCAAUGGAAAUCUGCGCCCCAGAGCUUCAAUGACAAUUGAGCUUCUCUUGUACUCGAUGGAGACAUCUGCCGUGUAGUUUUGUGUGGUUGUAGAUUGGUGGUCGAGUCAGGAGUCAAGCUCCCCCAUGAACCAAUGGUGCUAACCAAUUGUAGCGUGAUUUUGUUUCCGAGUUGCAAGACGUAGCUGUUGCGUUUUUUUUUUUGAAAGAAAGGGGUUGCCCCCCUGCCCCAUUUUAUUGAAAA